AUGAGUGGUCGCGGAGCACCAGGUGCCAACUCUCGUGGCCGUGGAGGCAAAUUCAGAAAGUUCACUCGAGGAGGAGGAAAACACUUCUCUCGUGAUCUGCGACCUCUCGACGCCGAUGGCAACGAGAUUAGCAUGUGGAGCAAAGAUGCCAAGAAAGAUGAUGAGGACGAGGAAGAUGAAGAUUCCGAGGAAGAAUCAUCAUCAGAGGAGUCAGAUGUUGGCGGCUCUUCCCAGCAGAAAGCCGAAUUGACCAGAGAAGAGCGCAAACAGGCCAAGAAGGCCCAGAAAGAAGCAGCCAUUGCCAGAAAGAACAACCCCAUCCAAGUCGGUGACAUGCCCACCGAUUCCGAAGAGGACGAGGAUGAUGAUAUGCCUGCCAAUCCGAACCACUCCAAAGCGGCACGGAAUCAGACCAAGGCCCCAGCGGCUGAUGUGGAAGAAGUCACCGAGGGCGUGAAGAAUGUGGCAGUGAGCCAAAUGAGCCGAAAGGAGCGCGAAUCUUUGGAAGCUCUGCAAGCCAAGGAGAGAUACCGCAAGCUGCACGAAGCCGGCAAAACGGACGAGGCCAAAGCUGAUCUUGCCCGUUUGAGACUUAUUCGUGAGAAGCGAGAUGCCGAAUCCGCCAGAAAGCAGGCCGAGAAGGAAGAGAGGGAAGCUCAUGAGAAGGCUCGUAGAACCGAGAUCGAGGCAAAAGAGGCAAAGAAGCGCGAGGCUGCUUUGGGUAAGCCUGCUAAGAAGGGAGGUCGAGCUAAAUGA